AUGUGGGACGAUUACCCUAGCAACAGUUUAACCUUGCAUCUGUUAUUCACGCUCUUCUGCCUAUAUUUGUAAUGGAAUAAGUAUAUAGCAACAGAGAUAAUUUAUUGAUAGGGAUAACCUAUAACAAGUUAGAAAUUAAGCAUACUAUUUGACAAAAACUAAUAUUUUGUAAACCAAUUAAUGAACAUAAGCUUCUUGUAAGAGUCAUUGAACAUUUAAGCUAGGUCUAUAAGGGUUGAAGGACUAAUUUUAUCUUAAAGACUUUAUCUUAUCUUGGUGGAAACGUGAUUGAUCAGACAAUGAAUAGCGUUUGACUGAAUGACUACAGGAUGUUCCUCCCUUCUGAUGGUUAAACUUUGAACGGAUUGCGACUUUCUAAAUAACGAGAUGGCUUCGACGAGGAAUAUUCCUUCUUACAAUGUAGCAAAUGAUGGAUAUAUCCUUCCAAGAAGUUUUUCUUUGGAGAGCUAUUAUUCAGGAUUGAAAUACCCGGCCGAAGAUGGAGAUAUAUUUAUAUCCACCUAUCCUAAAUGCGGUACCACUUGGUGCCAAUAUAUUUUAUUUCUAUUGUGGAAUGAAGGAAAGCCAAUUGAGAAAGGGCAGAGCAUUCAUGAUUUUGCCCCACACUUAGAAGAAAAAGGGGCUGAAUUUGUAAUGAAAAUGGUAAAACCUAGAAUAAUCAAAAUACAUUUACCCUUUUACUUGACUCCAUAUAAUAGUAAAUCUAAGUAUAUUUACAUUGCUCGAAAUCCCAAAGAUUGUUGUAUAUCUUUUUAUCAUCAUACUAAAGGAUUCCCUAAACAUUAUAAUUUUGAGAAUGGUACAUUUGACGACUAUUUCGAAUUAUUCAUUACAGGCCAAGUUGAUUCUAAAGAUUAUUUCGACAAUCUAUUAUCUUGGUAUUCGCAUAAAGACGACGAUAAUGUAUUAUUCUUAUUAUACGAGGAUAUUAAAACUGAUCCCGAAUCCAAUAUUCGUAAAAUUGGUUACUUUUUAGAAGGAAAAUUUGCUAAUUCCGUAGAUAACAAUGCUAUUUUAGAAAAAGUAGUAAAAAAUAGUCAUUUUAAUGCCAUGAAAGCGACACAUAAAACAGCUUGGAGUUCCGAAAGACCUGAAAAUAUGCCUGAUUUCAUAAGAAAAGGUGAAAUAGGUGAUUGGAAAAACUAUAUGAGUGAAGAUCAGGCGAGAAGAAUGGAUGAAAGAUUUAGAGAGAAAUUAGGAAAAUCGGAAGCUCGUUAUUUAUGGAAAGAAUACGAUAUGGCUUCGACGAGGAAUAUUCCUUCUUACAAUGUAGCAAAUGAUGGAUAUAUCCUUCCAAGAAGUUUUUCUUUGGAGAGCUAUUAUUCAGGAUUGAAAUACCCGGCCGAAGAUGGAGAUAUAUUUAUAUCCACCUAUCCUAAAUGCGGUACCACUUGGUGCCAAUAUAUUUUAUUUCUAUUGUGGAAUGAAGGAAAGCCAAUUGAGAAAGGGCAGAGCAUUCAUGAUUUUGCCCCACACUUAGAAGAAAAAGGGGCUGAAUUUGUAAUGAAAAUGGUAAAACCUAGAAUAAUCAAAAUACAUUUACCCUUUUACUUGACUCCAUAUAAUAGUAAAUCUAAGUAUAUUUACAUUGCUCGAAAUCCCAAAGAUUGUUGUAUAUCUUUUUAUCAUCAUACUAAAGGAUUCCCUAAACAUUAUAAUUUUGAGAAUGGUACAUUUGACGACUAUUUCGAAUUAUUCAUUACAGGCCAAGUUGAUUCUAAAGAUUAUUUCGACAAUCUAUUAUCUUGGUAUUCGCAUAAAGACGACGAUAAUGUAUUAUUCUUAUUAUACGAGGAUAUUAAAACUGAUCCCGAAUCCAAUAUUCGUAAAAUUGGUUACUUUUUAGAAGGAAAAUUUGCUAAUUCCGUAGAUAACAAUGCUAUUUUAGAAAAAGUAGUAAAAAAUAGUCAUUUUAAUGCCAUGAAAGCGACACAUAAAACAGCUUGGAGUUCCGAAAGACCUGAAAAUAUGCCUGAUUUCAUAAGAAAAGGUGAAAUAGGUGAUUGGAAAAACUAUAUGAGUGAAGAUCAGGCGAGAAGAAUGGAUGAAAGAUUUAGAGAGAAAUUAGGAAAAUCGGAAGCUCGUUAUUUAUGGAAAGAAUACGAUGUAUAAUCGAUUAAUUCCAUUUAAAUUUUAAGUUUUCUUACUUGGGUAUAUGCAUAAUCGGGAUGAAAUAUAUAUAAAUAAAAUGAAGAUAGAUCAAUAUUUUAAUAAAGAAUUAUAAUAAAUGUUAAAUGAUUAAUUAAAAUUUAUUAACAGAACAUAUGCGAAUAAUCUAUUAUCAAAUUAUUAACGAAAACUAGGCUAUAUAUAAGCCUAUAUUCCACUCUGUGGGACUUUUCCAUGCCUAAUAUGGGUUCGGUCUGAGCCCACAAUGGGAGAGAUCGAAUGAUGAGGAAUCACACUUAGCAUAUUCAGAUCAACUCAUCCGGAAAUUUUCUGAGCCAUUUUGAAAUCAAAUAGAAAUUUAGUAGAACGAUAGACUGAUAUUUUUAUUGCCUGGACAAUCACGUGUCAAGUUGUAUGAACUAUUACAGUAUAAAUAUUAUCGAAUUUAAAAUAAAUUACCUUUUGACAGAUAUUAAAUAUAUUUUUAAAGAUAAUAAA